GGACUUUGUUUGAGAUAAGAUUUCUCAGUACACUUACACUUGAAUAUUGGUCGGAACGUGAGACGGUCGAUGAAAAUGUUCCCAAUUCUUGUAUUACUGGCUGCCCUAGCCCUUGGGGUCUCCGCCCAGGGAAAGUGCGACCCCGCCACCAACUGUCAGCUCCCCAACUGUCGUUGUUUUUUAGACUCUGCUGCUCCCGGGGGUCUGAAUCUGACGGAUGUACCCCAGUUAGUAGUUUUGACCAUGGACUAUAUCCUCAAUGAGGAAUACGAACCCCUGUAUAAUCAGAUCUUUGUGGUCGACAACCCCAAUGGCUGUGAAAUUAGGGGAACCUUCUUUAUCCAGAACCAAGGUUCAAACAUAGGACUGGUCAAGCGUUACUUUGAUGGAGGGUUUGAAAUCGGGGUGAACUCUAACGAUGGAACUAUUCCCACCACACAGCGAGACCUGAUUAACAUGAUGAAAAACAUCAAACAAGAAUUAAAAACAGCGGGAAUCAACGAGACUGCAGUUAAAGGGGUCAGACUACCACAACUCUCAACUGCCGGCAAUAUCGAAUUCACCGCCAUGGGUAACACUGGUUAUAUGUACGAUGCCGGCUGCGUUACAAAUCAGUAUGACCAACAAUUGAAUUACAAAUGGCCGUUCACGUAUGAUUUCCCGCCAACUGAGAAUCUGUGUACCACUGGGACAUCUCCCACCCUCAAAUACCCAGGUAAAUGGCAGGUGCUUGUAGCCGACUUGGCGUGGAAGGAUAGCAAAUGUCCUUCACCAGCCGGAUGUCCUGGGAUAGACACUAAAAAGGACGUGUUCGAUCUUCUUUACAAUAACUUCGCCUCGCACUAUGAAGGCAACAAGGAACCCUACGUUCUUGUUCUGGAUCCUAUCUGGAUGAAGACGGAUUACAAACUAGAGGGCACUGUGGAGUUUGUGGAUUACAUAAGGGCUGCUUUUGAUGAUGUGUGGAUUGUAACUGUUGACCAAAUGUUGCAGUGGGUCCAGACUCCCACUAAAAAGGCAGACCUCAACGACUUCGUACCAUUCAAGUGUUAAGUCGUACCCGGUGCAAAAUCAUACUCAUUUACAUUUAGACUAUAUACCAUCAUAGUCAUGGCUUUGAAAAUAUGAGAAAAUUCUGCGGGAUCAUCAGAUUUCGCGUAGGCUAACUUUUGUGGAAUGUCAAUUUCAAAUUCCGACGAAUUACACUAUUUUCUUAUGUUUCAUUGUACAGAUACCAUAUCCAUGAAAUUACACAUCCGCCAAAACCGUAAAAUCUUACCCACGAAAUUUGGUCUCCGCGAAUUUAAAUGAUUUGAAUUGUAAAAGCAAUAUUGAUAUGUACAUUUAGUAUGUUCAAUCAUUUCCUUAGUUAUAUACAUAGGAAUAAAGUUUUUAGAAAGAUC